ACAUGUGCCCGAGUGAUGUUAAAAGACGUCGACAAUCGAUAACCUCACAAAUUCUGGGCAAAGCAAAGAAACACACGAAAUGUCCACAUUGCGGUGCAAUUAAUGGGCCGGUCAAAAAAGGGCCUGGUUUGAUGAAGAUAUUGUAUGAGCCAUUUCGCGGAAAGAAAACCACAGAUCCUAUCAUGCAAGAGCAGCUCAACGAGCUUCAAGAGGCGACCGUGAGAAAUCGAGAGUUGGCAGCAAUGAUUGGACCAGCUGCCCUGAUUUGUGAAUUGAAUCCAUUGCAAGUGUUGGAUUUAUUCAAACGAAUCCCAAAAUCCGAUGUGCCACUGCUUGGAAUGACUUCUGCCGAUGCAAAUCCAGCCAAUUUGAUCGUAACGCGCGUCUUUGUGUCACCAGUUUGUAUUCGGCCAAGCGUCGUAUCGGAAAUCAAAGCCGGAACAACGGAAGAUGACUUGACGAUGAAGCAGAGCGAAAUUUUACUCAUCAAUGACGUUAUCAAUAAGCACAUGACCAGCGGUCAUAAAAUCGAACAAGUCCAAGAGGAUUGGGACUUUUUGCAAUUGCAUGUUUCGUUGUAUUUCAACAGCGAGGUGUCGGGCAUUCCGAUGACGAUGUUGCCCAAAAAAUCAUCGCGUGGCAUAGUGCAGCGGUUGAAAGGCAAACAGGGUCGUUUCCGUGGUAAUUUAUCUGGCAAGCGUGUCGAUUUCUCUGGUCGUACUGUAAUCUCGCCGGAUCCAAAUCUUAUGAUCCAUCAAGUGGGUGUGCCCGAGCGAGUGGCUAGAAUUCUUCUUUUUCUUGACUAA